AUGAGCGUUCAGGCACCUUAUCUUCGGCCGCACAGCAACUGCGACUCAUCCUGGCUCCGCGUUCCUAUGGUUUCGACCAUCAACAACAAUGGGCACCCGGACGGCACAGACGAACAGACUACAGCGAUGGUGCGAACCAAGUCAGUCAAGGAGGUUCACCAGGCACGUGAUAUUGCCCUCUCACCCAUCGCUGUCCAGCCAACUCCUAGCACAGAAGCGGCCGAUUAA